GGGGCUCCAAAGCAGGCACAGUCCAGCUGGGGCACAGAAUGAGUUUAUAUUCCCCAUGCACACGUUCCCUCCCUCAUCUUCCCAUUGGUUGGGUGCUGCAAGGUUUUCCUUCCCCCAAUUAUCAAAUAACAGACAAGAGGCUGAACGUGGAGAGAAACUUCUCCUUCCUCCUCUGAGUUGCCUCCACUUAUAGCUUCACCAGCAGAGAUAAUCUCCGGACUUGCAAAGGAGGGAGGGAAGGAGGCCGGAAGUGGGGCUGCAUCCUGCGGAAGCGGAGGAGGGGCUUCUUCCAAAUCAAGCCUCCUAAUUAAGCGCCCUCACGCCCUGCCUCCCACGCGGGGGCUCCCAUUCCCGCCCCCGCUGCCCAGGAUGUCGGGAAGCUGCAACUUGCUCUGGAUUCUGCGCUCCUCAGGAAGCUGAACCUGCAAACCUAGCUGAGACUGAACCUGCAACCCUGGCCAGGAUGGAAGGAGGAAGAUGGACGGUUGACCUGGUCAGGCUCUCUCCCACAUCCCUUCCCACAACCUCUGAGCAUUCCCUCCCAGGACCCUUGGAGAAAUCUGGUGAGGAAGAUGAUGGCCAGAAUUCUAUGGAGCCAUCUGUGAAUUCAUUGGGGAGAUCAAAGAAACAGUUUAAAUGCAUGGAAUGUGGGAUGUGCUUUAGUCACAGUGGAAGACUGAGGACACAUCAACGAAUUCACAUAGAGGAGAAACCAUUUAAAUGUACUGACUAUCAAAAGAGAUUCAGGGACAAUGGAACACUUAGAAAACAUCAACGAACUCACACAGGGGAUAAACCAUUUGAAUGUAUUGAAUGUGGAAAGUGCUUCAGUCGAAAUGGAAAGUUUAGAAGACAUCAACGAACUCACACGGGGGAGAAACCAUUUGAAUGUAUUGAAUGUGGAAAGAGCUUCAAUGAAAGUGGAAACCUUAGACAACAUCAACAAACUCACAUGGGGGAGACACCAUUUAAAUGUAUGGAAUGUGGAAAGUGCUUCAGUCAAAAUGGAACACUUAGAAUACACCAACGAACUCACACAGGGGAGACACCAUUUAAAUGUAUUGAAUGUGGAAAGUGCUUCAGUAAAAAUGGAAACCUUAGAAAACACCAACGAACUCACACGGGGGAGAAACCAUUUAAAUGUAUUGAAUGUGGAAAGAGCUUCAGUCAAAAUGGAACACUUAGAAUACACCAACGAACUCACACAGGGGAGAAACCAUUUAAAUGUAUUGAAUGUGGAAAUAGCUUCAGUGGAAGUGGAGACCUUAGAAGACAUCAACGAACGCACACGGGGGAGACACCAUUUAAAUGUAUGGAAUGUGGAAAGUGCUUCAGUCAAAAUGGAACACUUAGAAUACACCAACGAACUCACACAGGGGAGACACCAUUUAAAUGUAUGGAAUGUGGAAAGUGCUUCAGUAAAAAUGGAAACCUUAGAAAACACCAACAAACUCACACGGGGGAGAAACCAUUUAAAUGUAUUGAAUGUGGAAAGAGCUUCAGUCGAAAUGGAACACUUAGAAUACACCAACAAACUCACACAGGGGAGAAACCAUUUAAAUGUAUAGAAUGUGGAAAGAGCUUCAGUCAAAAUGGAAACCUUAGAAAACACCAACAAACUCACACGGGGGAGAAACCAUUUAAAUGUAUUGAAUGUGGAAAGAGCUUCAGUCGAAAUGGAACAUUUAGAAUACACCAACAAACUCACACAGGGGAGAAACCAUUUAAAUGUAUUGAAUGUGGAAAUAGCUUCAGUAGAAGUGAACACCUUAGAAAACAUCAACGAACUCACAAGGGGGAUACUCCAUUUAAAUGUAUUGAAUGUGGAAAGUGCUUCAGUCAAAAUGGAACACUUAGAAUACACCAACGAACUCACACGGGGGAGAAACCAUUUAAAUGUAUAGAAUGUGGAAAGAGCUUCAGUGGAAGUGGAAACCUUAGAAGACAUCAACGAACUCACACGGGGGAGAAACCAUUUGAAUGUAUUGAAUGUGGAAAGAGCUUCAAUGAUAGUGGAAACCUUAGACAACAUCAACAAACUCACAUGGUGGAGACACCAUUUAAAUGUAUGGAAUGUGGAAAGUGCUUCAGUCAAAAUGGAAAACUUAGAAUACACCAACGAACUCACACAGGGGAGAAACCAUUUAAAUGUAUUGAAUGUGGAAAUAGCUUCAGUAGAAGUGAAAACCUUAGAAUACACCAACGAACUCACACGGGGGAGAAACCAUUUAAAUGUAUUGAAUGUGGAAAGUGCUUCAGUCAAAAUGGAAAACUUAGAAUACACCAACGAACUCACACGGGGGAGAAACCAUUUAAAUGUAUUGAAUGUGGAAAGUGCUUCAGUGGAAGUGGAAACCUUAGAAAACAUCAACGAACUCACAAGGGGGAGAAACCAUUUAAAUGUAUAUAAUGUGGAAAGUGCUUCAGUGGAAGUGGAAACCUUAGAAAACAUCAACGAACUCA